AUGGCGACUCGUCAUGAUGAUGAUGAUGAUGAUGAGCCUAAAGGGUUUUGGCAGGCAGUACAACAGAGACGACAAGAGUCGGACCAAGAAGCUGCUGCUGAUGCCAGACGACAACAACAGAGUCGAUGCCACGCCAUUCUAUUGGGACAAUUUGUGGCCUUUGUGGCAGCCUCUGUCAAUGUGACAUCCUUUACUCUGGAAAAUUCCUAUCAAGUGGUGGCACCCCUGAGUCAACUCUUUGUCAUGUACAUUUUCCUAUCUCUGCAUUUAUUGCUGAGAUCACCACCACCACCACCACAAGACAAUGAGCAUCAGCAGCAAUACAGAAUGCCACUAUUUGGGUUUCGACUGAAAAUUCCAUGGUACAUCUACCUCUUCUUUUCCUGUCUGGAUGUGGGCGCGGGAGUUAUCAUGUUGCUAUCACUACAAUACACUUCGCUAACCAGCGUCACACUGUUAGGAUCCUUGACCGUCCCAUCCACCAUGCUCUUUUCCAAGUUUUUAUUGGACAAGUCCUUUGGCGCACAUCACGUUUGGGGCGUCUGUCUCUGCUUGCUGGGAGGUUGUCUCACCAUUUGGGCCGACUUGGAUGACCCUGAUGCGUUUAUCAUCAACGGGGGAGACAUGAUGGCGAUUACUGCGGCUCUACUCUAUGGGCUGGGUGAUGCUGUUUCCGAAUAUUCCAUCAAACACAUUGAUCGAAUGGAAUUCUUGGGCAUGAUGGGAUUCUUUGGGAUGAUCUUGACUGGAAUUCAGUUCCCGUUCCAAGAAGGUCAUGUCUUGGCAGAGCUCUUUGGUGAUCCCAAGGCUCACACGGGUGCCCUCGUUCUCAUGGCAAGCUACGUUUCUCUGCUUCUCUUGUACUACGUGACGGAAGCCUACUUUCUCGUUUCGUCCGAUGCCACCUUGCUGAACCUGUGCUUGCAAGCACAAAACUUGUGGGCCAUUCUCUUUUCGGUCUUGUCUCAUCAAGCAGCUCCUCCUGGGCUGUUUUAUCUGGCCGUGGUGUUGGUGUUUCUGGGAGUGGCAGCCUACGAGGUUGGACCCAGCAGUGACCCUGUGGAGCAAAUAAUUGUAACCUCGGUUCAAUCGCAGCAGCAAGAUCAAGAGUUGGUUACAACUUCAUCACCAGACACUACGGAGAUGGACAGCAAACGAAAGCAGGGGGGUGCUGAGUACGAUUCCAUCCAACAGAUUGAAAUAAUAUAG